AUGGCGAGCACAUCGCUGGCCUUGGAGGACGAGGACGAGGACGAGGACGAGGAGGACGAGGACGAGGACGAGGACGAGGACGAGGACGAGGAGGACGAGGACGAGGACGAGGACGAGGAGGACGAGGACGAGGACGAGGACGAGGAGGACGAGGACGAGGACGAGGAGGACGAGGACGAGGACGAGGAGGACGAGGACGAGGACGAGGACGAGGAAGAGGAAGAGGACGAGGACGAGGACGAGGAAGAGGAUCAAGAAGACAGGAAUCUUACGCUGCCUUUCUCCCUCCAAUCAAUAACAAGAGGUUGUGUGUGA